AUGCCUUGCAUACAUCAACAUACUGAACCAGGCAUACAUCAACAUACUGAACCAGGCAUACAUCAACAUACUGAACCAGGCAUACAUCAACAUACUGAACCAGGCAUACAUCAACAUACUGAACCAGGCAUACAUCAACAUACUGAACCAGGCAUACAUCAACAUACUGGACAAAGCAUACAUCAACAUACUGAACCAGGCAUACAUCAACAUACUGAACCAGGCAUACAUCAACAUACUGAACCAGGCAUACAUCAACAUACUGAACCAGGCAUACAUCAACAUACUGGACCAGGCAUACAUCAACAUACUGAACCAGGCAUACAUACACCACAUACUACUGGACCAGGCAUACAUCAACACCAGGCAUACAUUAACAUACAUGAACCAGGCAUACAUUAA